UCCCGCGAUCGUGGAAACCAAUUAGAGAAUGGAUUCUUGACAGUUUAAGAACUUUAAAUCUUCAACUUAUUUAAUUUAUAUACCAGAACCCCCGAAUUAUUCCCUCAAAUUGGCCACAAACUUGCUACACUUCUUAUUUUCUUGGCACAAUGGCUAAGGAAAGAGCAGACAACCCUCGCAAGGAGAAGAGCGAGAAGGCAGAGAAGAAGGUGUCCAAGGACAAGGUGAAGAAAUCCAAGGACAAGAAGAGAAAGUCAAAGCACCAAUCUUCUUCUGAGGCUUCUGAUAAUGAGUCAAUUGAUGUUGAAGAUGCCCCUGAAGUAGUAGAGGAGUCUUCAGAGACCAAGCCCGAAAUGUCCAAGAAGGACAAGAAGAAGGACAAAAAGGAAAAGAAGGAAAAUAAAGCAAAGAAGGCAGCAGAGACCGAAUCCAACGGAGCAUCCGACCACGAGGACAAUGGAGUUGCUCUCUUCACGAUCGACACAAACCCUACCAAGGUUAUUCCCAAGACUCGCGAGGAAGAAGAUGCAACAGAGGACGACCCCAAAAUCACGGUGCCACCCAGCGGCCUCAACAGACAAGCCCGCCGACGAAUCGAUUUAAUAGAACGACAACGCGAGAAGAUCCAGAAAGAACUGGGUGUGCCUGUAGGAUCUCUGGAGAAGGCGGAUGAGGUACAAGCUAUCCUGGACAAGUGGACCAAGGACUUCGACGACAAGGCGGCGAUUCGCACGGAGAAGAAGCGCAAGCGCCACGAGAAGGACGCGGCUCGACUCCGAAACAAGAGGGGCAAGGUCCUCACCGGACGCCGACUCAAGGAGCGCACGAAGUUUGUCAAUAAGUUAGAGAAAGAGAAGGCUAGGAAGCAGCAGGCUGGUAUCUCUGCCAAUACCGAAGCAUGAUCAAGCCACUACUACUAUCUCCUUCUCUCUCAAUCAAGAUAAGAGUUCUCAGGCGUUGCAAGGCGUGGAUAUACCAAAAAAUUUGCUUGCUUUCUUGGGUUUGCAUCCAUCACAAUUCAAGAGUAUGAAAUCAUAUAGAUGCAAACAGGGUCGCAUUAGGUACAUACCUAUGCUGUAUCACGAAGACAAUUCGCUCACUCAGCGGAACGAAUGGUAUGGCACUUGUUACGAAUAGUUAGCAUUUGACCACAAUGAAUAAUAAAACUUCAUAAGGAACCGUGAAACA